AUGCGGUCCGUUAGCUACGUGCAGCGCGUGGCCCUGGAGUUCAGCGGAAGCCUCUUUCCGCACGCGAUCUGCCUCGGAGACGUCGAUAACGACACGUUAAAUGAACUGGUGGUGGGAGACACCAGUGGGAAGCUGUCUGUAUAUAAGAAUGAUGACAGCCGGCCAUGGCUCACCUGUUCCUGCCAGGGAAUGCUGACUUGUGUGGGGGUUGGAGAUGUAUGCAAUAAAGGAAAGAAUCUCGUGGUGGCGGUGAGUGCUGAGGGCUGGUUUCACUUGUGUGACCUGACACCUGCCAGGACCCUGGAUGCUUCUGGGCACCAUGAGACCCUAAUGGGAGAGGAGCAGCGCCUGGUAUUUAAGCAGCACAUCCCUGCCAACACCAAGGUCAUGCUGAUCAGCGACAUCGAUGGAGACGGGUGUUGCGAGCUGGUGGUAGGUUAUACAGACCGUGUGGUACGUGCUUUCCGCUGGGAAGAUCUGGGCGAGGGCUCUGAACAUCUGACAGGGCAGCUGGUGUCACUUAAGAAAUGGACACUGGAAGGUCAGGUGGACAGUCUCUCGGUGACUCUGGGUCCCCUGGGUGUUCCUGAACUGAUGGUAUCACAGCCAGGCUGUGCUUAUGCAGUUUUACUGUGCACCUGGAACAAGGACGCUAGGCACUCAACUACCUCUGAGGGGACCCCGGAAGGCAUUAGGGAGACCCCGUCUGCCCGAGAUGUUGUGCUGCACCAGACAUCUGGCCGCAUCCACAACAAGAAUGUCUCUACUCACCUCAUUGGCAACAUCAAACGAGGCCACACUGCUGAGAGUGGUGGCUCUGGCCUCUUUGCCCUCUGCACCAUGGAUGGGACACUGAAGCUUAUGGAGGAAGCAGACAAGCUGUUGUGGUCCGUGCAGGUGGACCACCAGCUUUUCGCCCUAGAGAAAUUGGAUGUCACGGGCAACGGGCACGAGGAGGUGGUUGCCUGUGCCUGGGACGGGCAGACGUAUAUCAUUGAUCACAACCGCACAGUCGUCCGCUUCCAAGUGGAUGAGAAUGUCAGAGCCUUCUGUGCAGGCCUGUAUGCCUGCAAAGAGGGCCACAACAGCCCCUGCCUCGUGUAUGUCACAUUCAACCAGAAGAUCUAUGUGUACUGGGAGGUGCAGCUUGAGCGGAUGGAGUCGACCAAUCUGCUGAAAUUGCUGGAGGCCGAGCCCGAGUACCAGAGCCUGCUGCAGGAGCUGGGCCUGGAUCCUGAUGACCUCCCAGCAGCUCGCACCCUGGUUCACCAAACCCUCUACCAUCCUGACCAGCCACCACAGUGUGCUCCUGCAAACCCCCAGGACCCCACCUAG